UGUAGGUCUAUAGGUACAUACUAGGUACCUAAGCACGUAAAUACAUUAUCUAUUUCUUAAAGUGAGCUUAAAGUUUCAACAUGAACAAUCCGUGGAAGCUGAUAUUUGUUAUUUUAUUUACAUGCGAAGAAAUUAUCGCAGCUCAGCCAGCAAGCAAUGAUUCCACGAAAUACGAUCUUACUAAUGUUUUAAACGAUGCGGUAUUAAAACUACUCAAAAGUACUGAUUUAGUUGAAAAACUGGAGUCGGAAAUAUUCAUGAGACCCACAAAACAUCGAAGAUGGAAUAUAAAAAUUAAUAAUACCCAAAAACUACGACCGUUUGGAAACACGAGUGCAAUCGAGAUAAAAACAACGUAUACAUUCGGAUACUCAAUAAGUAGCCUAAUGUCCAGGAACCCGCCAAAUACGAUUCGUUGGGAAUUUUCUAAAAAUAGAUUCGAUAUUUUUUAUGACGAGUUGCAAUACUGUAUAGUAGGAUCCGUUCAAGUAAUAAAAAAACCAUGUUCUCAUUGGAAUUGCUACUACAGAAGAGAUUUCGUAGCAGAAGACUACAAAUACAAGAAUUACUCGAUUAUCGUAACAAACCUGCCAGCAAAUCAAGAAAAUAUCACCAUCAAUACAUCGUAUGAUCAUUUGGAAAACCUUCACGGCAUCAAACUAGACAUAGAAAAGCACUCUGUAUUAUUGUCAUACAAACAACAUCUCAAGUUGAUGUACAUAAUUAGCUUGGAAUUACCAUCCAUAAUGCACCGUUAUUUCUUCGAUGGAGGCAAUUUCAACGCACUAAUGGGCAAAAUGUUCAACCUGAACCCAAAACAGCAUAUCAUUUCAUCCUGUCCCGAUUUUUUGACCAACGAACAACGCUACUAUUACCUCUUACCAGAUAUUUUUUUCGUCCACAUGAGUUUAAAAAAUAUCAACUUAAGAGGACUCUCGAAUUUUGAAUCGUACGUGAACGAUCAAUCGUGGAGUAAUCGAUAUUUAUCCUACGACCUUGUUUACACCCUACAUAUAAAGAAUGUUCGAGGAAACAUGACUUUAGAUCCCGGAUUUGAACAUUUACCACAUUUUCAACUGAAUUUCUUAAUCCGCAAUCUUUACAUAUCGUUUGUUCCGAAAAAACGUGAAUUUCGUGUAGAAGCCCGAGACUAUUCUAUCUUCGAAGACACUCUCCAGCCCUCCAUACUGAUAUCAUCCUGGUUUAGAAAAUAUUCGACAAGUAUUAUUGAGCUGAUCGAAUCAGCAAUGGUAGAUUCGUUGAUGCCAUCGAAAAAAGAUAAAGAAAAGUCAAAUUCAUUAUCAUCCGACUUCGCACAAAUAGAAACUUCGUUCGUGGAACUUUUAAAAAUAUCUCACCCUCGGACAAGAUGAUUCGAAACCGCGUAAAUUACAUUACAGACAUGGAAUCGAUCAAUGUAAUUUCCUCAAGAAGAAAACUGGAGGGAAAAAGACCUAUACACAGAGAAGAACCAAAGAAAAAUCGCCCCCACUAUCCUAUUGUAUAGAAUUAGAAGACAUAAUCCCCCCAAAAAAAACGUGUAGCUCAUCGACUUGAAUGUUCGAGGAGAAUGGAAAAUAAAAAAUGUCUAAACAUAACGUUGUUGAAUGUACGAUCAAAAUAAAACAUUA